GCGGAGUCAGUAUCGGUCAUAUGACUGCGCGCGUCUCAACAUGGCUCGACUCAUGCUGUUUAUGUGUUUGCUGUCCGGAGCGCUAGCCGGGCGGUAUUUUAACGAGAACCAACCAUGCUACAAACCCCUGCGUCGAGACCGGCUGGUGGUGAAGACUGCUCCGAGGCCGCACGAGUACCUGAACGUGGCACAGCUGCCCAAGGCUUGGGACUGGAGGAACAUCAACGGGACAAACUACGUCAGCACCACCCGCAACCAGCACAUCCCCCAGUACUGCGGAUCCUGCUGGGCCCACGGCAGCACCAGCGCCAUGGCGGACCGCAUUAACAUCCUGCGUAAGGGGGCGUGGCCUUCAGCCUACCUGUCGGUGCAGCACGUGAUUGACUGCGGUGAGGCGGGGUCUUGUCACGGCGGUGACCACUCUGGCGUGUGGGAGUACGCACACACACACGGCAUCCCCGACGAGACCUGCAACAACUACCAGGCCAAGGAUCAGAAAUGUAAGCCCUUUAACCAGUGCGGCACCUGCACCACCUUUGGCGUGUGUAACGUGGUGACGAACUUCACUCUGUGGAAGGUGGGAGACUUUGGUCCUGUCAACGGCUUGGAGAAGAUGAAGGCGGAGCUAUAUGCCCGCGGGCCAAUCAGCUGUGGUAUCAUGGCAACUGACAAGCUGGACGCCUACACGGGAGGUCUGUACUCAGAGUACGUGGAGCAGCCCUACAUCAACCACAUCGUGUCUGUGGCCGGCUGGGGAGUGGACGAGUCUGGAGUCGAGUAUUGGAUCGUACGCAACUCCUGGGGGGAGCCUUGGGGGGAGAAGGGCUGGCUGCGUAUAGUCACCAGUAAUUACAAGGGCGGCAGCGGCAGCCAGUACAACUUGGCCCUGGAGGAGGACUGCAUGUACGGAGACCCCAUUGUGCCCAAGAACUACAUGUGAGACACACCUGCGUGGAACUACAUGUGAAACGCACACCUUUGUGACCACUGAUGAUUUUUUCCAGAGACUCUCAGGCAGGAGGCUUUAAACAGUACUGUUGUGUUUUUUAAAAAAAAAAAAAAAAAAUUGUGUUUUUGUCGUUACUCUGAGAGCGUAGCAGUUGUGGUCUUGACCACUGCACUAUCAGGAAAGGGAAAUCUUAAUCAUGUUCUUACUGACUAGCUGCUGAUCGCUGGCCUGGUUCUUUACCGUUAAAGGGAUGUGAGGAUGUUGUGCCAGUAUGUUGUGUGUGGCUGUGUUGCCUUAAUGCUGUGGCCAUGUUGGGCAUCAACCUGCCUUCUGCCAAAGAUGCCAGUAUGGCGGCUGCACUGUUCAUAUUCAUGUGCUCUAUCUGAAGCACUUGUGUUCAUGUGGUAUUAUCUGUCAACAUGUGUAAUAAAAGCCUCCUUCACAC